CAACGCGCCUGCUCUCUCUCUCUCUCUCUCUCUCUCUCUCUCUCUUUCUCCCCGAAGUCCACACACAGAAGGCACCGAGGUGAGUAGCAGCGAGCUGCGGCGGCGGUUGGCGAUGAAGCUCACCGGAGACAUACCGCCAAAUCAAACAAUAUACAUUAAGAACUUAAACGAGAAGGUCAAGAAGGAAGAGUUGAAGAGGUCUCUGUAUUGUUUGUUCUCACAGUAUGGCAGGAUAGUGGACAUUGUUGCAUUGAAGACAGCCAAGCUUAGAGGGCAGGCGUGGGUUGUCUUCAGUGAAGUUACAGCUGCUAGUAGUGCAGUUAGACAGAUGCAGAAUUUCCCGUUUUAUGAUAAACCAAUGCGGAUACAAUAUGCGAAAACAAAAUCUGAUUGCAUUAUUAGAGCGAAUAAGGCAUAUGAAAAGAAGGAUGAUGAAAAGGCUGACAAGAAGAAACACACUGAAGAAGCACAUCAGACUGGUGCAGCUAAUGGCCCACGAGGCGCAAACGGAGGCCCAAGUGCUGCAGCACGGCAAGGAAAGCCAGGAUCCCAAGAAACAACAGAGCCAAACAAUAUACUGUUCAUACAGAAUCUGCCCGACGAGACGACGAGCAUGAUGCUGGAGUUGCUGUUCAAUCAGUACCCUGGUUUUAAGGAGGUUCGGAUGAUAGAGGCGAAGCCGGGGAUUGCAUUUGUGGAAUUCGAAGACGAUGUCCAGUCCUCUGUUGCCAUGCAGGCCCUACAAGGCUUCAAGAUCUCACCCCAGAAUCCCAUGGCUGUCACCUUUGCCAAGAAAUAGGCCGCUCCCACACACAGGGAAGGUGACAUGCUUUUUGCUUUCCAAUAUUUCUCUCUUGUGACCGGUUACAAAAGUCUUGUAAUAUUUUUUUAAUGUGAUUCUCAUGCCAUGACCUCAUUUCGUACUCUCAUCGUCACUAGACUUUCCCAUGCCAAUUUUAAGAUACGAAUGAAUUAAAACUAGACAAAACUC